UAAGAGGAGGGGGAGUGGAAGGGCUCAAACCAAAUAGAGUUGAAUGAGUGAACUUUCUUUUCUAGUUUGUGCGGCUCCCAUCCCUUAGGUCCCCAUCACAGUGAGCGUGCUGAGCGCAGACAGGCUCCUUCAUUCAUCUCCUGUACAAGAUGUUGCGGAAGGAUCGCGGCUCUCCUAUGCCCCUUUCCUUGUGGAUUAUGUUGCUGUGGGGCAGCCUGAUUGCCAGCAACUCUGCUGCUGCUGGUGGCGCUUCUCCUCGCAAGCAGGAUGAGUCGUUCUCCACGAUGAGCGUUUAUAGAGCCAGAUGUACGUCCAGGUGUCUGAGUCUGCACAUCACUCGCAUCUCUGCAUUCUUCAAACACUUCCAGAACAACGGUUCUUUGAUUUGGUGCCAGAAUCACAAGCAAUGUUCAAAGUGCUUGGAGCCAUGCAAGGAAAACUGGGACUUGAAAAAGAAUAGCUGCCAAAGUCUCUGUGAGCCGCUGUUUCCCAAGAAGCACUAUGAAUGUUUAACCAGCUGUGAGUUUCUCAAAUCCAUCUUGUCGGCAAAGCAAGGUGAAUGCCCCGCUCCAGAAAAAGCCAGUGGAUUUGCAGCAGCCUGUGUUGAAAGUUGCGAUGCAGAUAAUGAAUGCUCUGGGGUAAAGAAGUGCUGUUCGAAUGGAUGCGGCCACACAUGCCAAGUACCUAAAAACUUGUACAAAGGUGUCCCUUUGAAGCCAAGGAAGGAACUAAGCUUCAGUGAACUCCAACAUGGAAAUCUUGAGAUUAAAUGGUCUUCAAAAUUUAAUAUUUCCGUUGAGCCAGUGAUCUAUGUUCUGCAGAAAAGGUGGAAUUAUGGGAUACAUCCAAGUGAGGAUGAUGCCACACCAUGGCAAACUGUUGCACAGACUACAGAUGAAAGGGUACAACUUUCAGAAGUGAGACCGAGCAGGUGGUACCAGUUUAGAGUGGCUGCUGUGAAUGUUCAUGGAACACGAGGUUUUACCGCACCCAGCAAACAUUUCCGUUCAUCUAAAGAUCCAUCAGCUCCACCAGCACCGACUAACCUCAGGAUAAUCAAUUCCACCACAAACAAUGAUGGAACAACAACUGUACGAGUUACAUGGGAUCUCCCAGAGGAACCUGAUAUACCAGUACAUCAUUAUAAAGUGUUUUGGAGUUGGACAUCACAUGGCAAAUCUGUUGUUCCAACCAAAAAGAAGCGCAGGAAGACAACAGAAGGGAACCAAAACAAUGUGAUUCUAGAGGCAUUGCAGCCAAACAGCAAUUAUAUGGUUGAGAUUCAAGCCAUUGCAUAUUGGGGACAAAUCCGUUUGAAAAGUGCAAAAGUCUCAUUAUACUUCUCAUCAGGGCCAUCAAGUUCCAGUAAGGAUCAAGUAUCAAAAGUCAGCAAAAUGAAGACGGAUACUUUAGUUUCACCUCAAAGAAAGCGCACAGCUCACAUGCUUGAAAUCGGAGCCCCGUUCUACCAGGAUAAUCAACUUCAGGUCAAAGUGUACUGGAAAAAGAGUGAAGAUCCUCUUAUGGGGCUUUACCAUGUACAAUGGCAUCCUGAAUCGUGUACACAUAAUGAAACCAAAGGACCAGAGAAAGCAAUAACUCAAGACCACCACAUAAUACUACCAGCAUUAAUGUUUUCCUGCAAAUACAAAGUUACAGUGCAGCCAGCCAGAUCUAAAGGCCAUCUAAAGGCUGAAAGUAUUUUCUUCACAACUCCUCCCUGUUCAGCGCUGAAAGGCAAAAACCACAAACACAUUAACUGUCCAACCAAUGGAGGACAAGUUGUCUCUAAAGUGUUGGCUAAACCUGAGAAUCUAUCAGCUUCAUUUAAUGUAGAGGAGGGAAACAUUACUGGACAUUUUUCAUGGAAACUUUCCAAAGCAAAUCUUCACCAACCUAUGACAGGAUUCCAAGUUACAUGGGCAGAAGUCACAACAGAGAGCCGACAAAACAGUUUACCGAACAGUAUAAUUUCCCAGUCUCAGAUAUUACCGGCGGACCAUUAUGUUUUGACCGUUCAUAAUCUUAGACCUUCAAUGCUCUACCGAUUAGAAGUCCAAGUAUUAACAACAGGGGGAGAGGGUCCAGCAACAAUAAAAUCCUUCCGAACACCAGAUGUACUUCCAUCGUUACCUCAUAGGCCUCGCAUGAAACAGCAUCAUCCUCAUCACCACAAGUCAUCUUCAGAUACAAUUUGAAUGGUUAUGAUUAGACUUGUUUGAAAUGAACUUUGCAUGACAUAAAACUCACCUAGAAGGACAAUGCAUCAUUUUCCUGAAGACAUAUCGAAUUUAUAACAGGCAGCCAUUUCUGCAUUUUUGUGUUCUGGACCUUCAAUGUGGCUUCUUUGUAAGUCCCAGUAUGCAACAUGUAGCAUAUAUUGAAGGAUACAUUUCAGCUACUGGUGUUGCGUUACUUUUUUUUCCUAUGUACUAAAUAUUCCUUGUAGUUGGUUUGUGAAUAAUGCAUAUUGUAAAUACUGUAAGUGUAAGAGCAAAAUAUAAUUAUAAAAUGAACAGGAAGGAGGCCAGUAUAAAAGAUGGAAGCAAUAAGAAAUGCAAAAAACAGAGUUGCAUACCAAUAGCCAGAGAAGCUUAUAAGGAACAACUGUUUCAUGGAAAAAA